UAUAUAUAAAAGAAACAGACCUGGAGCUAUUUGUCAUAAACAGAGGCAACGAUCAGAACUGCGAACUGCGGAGGUGAAUAAAAUCACAGAGAACACAAUGGAAACUUCUCCGUUCCAGUGCUCUUACCGCCAGUGUUAUGAACUCUUCGUCAACGUCGUGUGUGGAAGAAACAUCACACUUGGGUUCUGGAAUGACAAACUCGACACGCCAGAUCCAUAUGUCAAGUUAUUUAUCCCCACUGCUCCGAAUGGAAAGAAGAAAACACAGACAAUAAACAAAUCUAAUAACCCUGUCUGGAACAACGAAUUUAAGUUUCUCAUCGACAGAGAGCUGGAAAACGUUUUAUAUAUUACACUAAUGGAAGAUGAUACAUUUAGUGACGAUUUGAUCGGGGAAACAGAGACAUUUCCCUUGAGUGGUCUGGAAAUUGAUAGAAUUUUGCGUAAAACCUUCAUAUUUCGACAGAUUUCAGAGGUGGACAUUACGCUCGAACUUAAAAAACGUGACGAGCCACGGGACAUGCGAUACAGCGUGGAACUAUGCCAAGACGAGAUCGAUUUUCGAGAGAGUAGAAAGCCUUUCCUGUUUCAAGCUAUGAAGAAGCUUCUCGGCCCAAGAGCACCAAAGAGUAUGGACGAGAUGCCAACUGUGGGUAUUGUUGGGUCUGGAGGUGGUUUUCGAGCCAUGGUUGGCCUAAGUGGUGUCUUCUGUGCUCUUAAAGACAUGGGUGUGUUGGACUGUGCCAUGUAUGCCGCAGGACUGUCAGGGUCAACUUGGUACCUCUCCACUUUAUAUUCUCAUCCCAAAUUUCCAUAUAUACAUCCAAAGAUAGUUAUGCAACAGGUGAGACAUAACGUGCAAUAUAACUGGAUCUGGCUGUUAACACCUUCGUGGCUGUACAAGCACAUCAAAAUCAUCCAUGAGAAAAAAGUACGAGGCCAGCCAAUCAGUUUUACUGAUUUCUUUGGCUACCUUGUGGGUGAAACCAUCUUGAGAGACCGCAAAACUAUUCCGAAACUGAGCGAUCAACGUGUUGCAGUCAAAUUUGGAAAUGUUCCCCUUCCGCUCUACACCUGUGUGCACGUGAAGAAUAAUGUUUCUGCAAAGAGCUACAAUGAAUGGAUGGAGUUUAGUCCUUAUGAAGUGGGGAUGACUAAAUAUGGCACUUUCAUGAAAACGGAGCAUUUUGGAUGUAAGUUUUUCUGUGGAUACCUUCACACAAAGUAUCCUGAACCAAGCCUGGAAUAUCUUCAAGGCAUUUGGGGCAGCGCCUUUACCAUUUUACUCCAGCGCAUACUCGGUGAGGGUCAACCACCGAGCGCAAUUAAAAGAAUUCGCCGCAGCUCCUCCGUUAUGAGAGAGGACUUACAUCAGAUUCUGUAUCCAGGCAACGGAGAUGAUGACGAAGAAAGCGACAGUGAAGAAGAGGAACAUGAUGUUGAUGGUCCGAAAGAAGUACCUGUCUUUGAUGAUGAAGACACGAAGGAACCAAAGGAAGAAGAUCACGACGAUCCUGGAUUGCUGGGAAGAAUAGCGCAGAGUUUUAUGAACAAGUUCCCUGUCCUCCAAACUCGCUCCGGCCGUGCGGGAAGGGUGCAUAAUUUCUUACGUGGUCUAGGGCUUGCAUUCGCUCCAGUUCCCUCAGAAUCUGAAGACGUCACUGAUGCCGCUAACCAACUAAGUAUGAAGGCUAAGCGCAUAUUCCUGGCUGACAGUGGGCUCGUGUUCAAUUCUCCGUAUCCAUUACUAAUAAGACCCCAGCGAGGAUGUGACGUUCUCCUGUCAUUUGACUUCAGUGCAAGGGACAAAGAAAUACAGUUCCCUUUUGAGGAACUUCUGCUGGCAGAAGAAUGGGCAAGAAAGAACAAGUUGAAAUUCCCUCCCAUCAAUGCUGAGGAACAAUACCAGAAACAUGGUCUGAAGGAGUUCUAUGUGUUUUCCAAUCCUGACGACCCAGAAUGCCCUGUGGUCAUACACUUGGUCUUGAUGAACGGCUCUUUCAAAGACCACAGCCGUCCAGGUGUACCUCGCAAGACCUCCACAGAAAAGGAAUUCGGAGCAUUCCACCUUUUUGAGGACCCUGAGGGUCAUUACAGCACGUUCAACUUCCACUACUCUCACAAAGCAUUUGAUCGCUUGACUCAGCUGAUGGAAUUCAACACGCUCUUAGGGGAAGAAACUAUCAAGAAUGUUAUAGCUGAUGGCGUCAUACGGAAACGACAGCUGAAUGCGAUGAAGGGUUCCAGUUAACGCAUAUAACUUGCUCCACCAUUCCAAAUAUUCAGACGGGGCUCGAUUGAACUUCGGACGCUAAGGAAAUAUUUAUAUACAUCAGUAAAUAAAGCAUUUUAUACUCAGAGCAUAUACAUUGGCGCAGUUGAUAUUGCCUGGCAGCCAUGGUGUUACAAAUCGUCAUAUCCCAGUCUCCAUCCACGACUACGUCUUUUUAUUCAGUUGUUUUAAACGUGUGUAGUAGCAGGACGCUGAUAAUGGGUAAUGGCUCGUUUAACGCAACACCAAGAGUCCCUGAGUUUGUCCCAUAGAACACGUCUUAUUUUAUCAAUAUUUAUCACUUGGUUUUACUGUUAUGGAACCGACCACAAGAAGACAGUGGUAGGGAUGGUUCUAUUGUGGGCUUAGGGCAAAUGGUAAAAAUUUAAAUCUAAACAACAUUUGAAGCUAUUCAACCGAACUUUAUCCGCACGAUUCAUAACUAUAACCAGACUUCUUGUACAGCUGUGUGAAAUGAUAAUAAAGAUACUUUCAAAAGUUUGUGAAA